AUGGCCUCUAUCUUUCUCGAAGCGGAAGCACUCCUAUCGGAGACGUCUAUCAGCUCAACUGUAACUGCGUCCGACCUUCCCGGUGCAGGUCGUACUCUCGGAAGACUAUACAGUCAUCUUGGGAAAAAGCUCGAAGUGUGGAUAAAUAGGCUCGCAGCUAAACAUGGCUAUGGACCUCAGGCAAUUGAAUGUCGGAUCUUAUCGUACUUGGAAAGCCGUGCAACAUGCUGUACUGCUCAAGUUGCUCCAACUCCUGGUUCUUCCAAAGAAAGAGCAAUGAGGAAAGACUUGAAGAAAUUAGUCUCCUACGCAGGAUCGAAUAUUCCGUCAAAUCAAGAAUCAGCCUGCCACGCAAUUGCAUCUAUUGCCAGCACUGGGCCAUACUUUAUCGAAAUGUUCAAAUCGCUUGGAGCAUUGAACGUCCUAGGCCGUGCAUGUCUCCAUGAAGAACAAGAAGCGCCGGACCAUCUGCUUUCACCCUCUCGCAAAGCAUUGUUCAUAGCACAUUCAAUUGUGUCGGCCGUGGGCCUUGACGACGAGCGGGCCGAGCAGCAAAAUCUAAGGGGCGCCGGUGCACUAGCGACCUGGCGAAUCAGAUCAGCUCGUGAACGGACGGAUGGUGUUGCAGCCGUCGCUGUUGUUGCUCUCAGCGUCCAACCACUCUGAUGGAAGGGCGAGCGCUCCCCCAGUCCGUCCUUUCCCCUUCCCCCUCCUCUUGUUCUUGUGCUUAAGCUUGGAUCGACGGCCACGGUCCUCUGUUCUGGAGCAUUGAGCUCACUGCCUGGUGCACUGGCGCAAGAACCUUUAUCUUUUUCGAUUUGGUUUUGAUUUGAAAUGGCGUCGACCGUCACUCCCACACCUGGUCCGUCGAGCGAGCCAACGGUGGACGAAAGGAGGCCCCAGGCGGGCCCGCUACCUCGAAAACGAGGAGAGAUUGGAUAUCAAGAAGAGAUGGAUGUUGGAACAGAGAAUGAAGAUGGAAGCGACAGGAACACUGACAGUGCGGCAGUCUUGCCCGUUCGGCAUCCUGCAGAUAGGGAACCGACACCCCCGCCAGAAGCAUCGAAUCCUGGUCCGCCCGACACUAACUCCGAGUCUGAUGCGUCUUCAUUGCACACAUUGCACAAACCAUCCAGACAAUCCCCGUUCUUGUCAUGGCUUGGACUGCUAAACAGGAAAAGAAUCGGCGGGGUCAAGCUGGCUACAAUUAUCCGCCUCACUUUGCAGCUGUUGCUCCUUGCGGGGACGAUUACACUUUGGGUCGUCGUGACUAAACUUCUUGCGCAUGGCUCCUCCGGCAACGCAUCUGCAUCUGGUUCGCAAGACGCACCUCCGUCGCCAGCUUUGGGCGGUUCUGCAGGAAUCUUCGUGCACGUCUCUUUCAGUAUCGUCACCCUCGCCCAGCUGCUCCUCCUCGAGCGUUGUAUCUUCUUCAUCCGUGCUCAGCGCUACGCAUACAAUCAUCCGGGCGCCGCGCUCCCCACGCACUCACGAGGUGCCCGUGCUGGUCCUGCAACAGGGAUGGCAUUCGCGCCAUGGAACCGGCCGCCGCUCCCUACCUACGCAGCCGCACUUGCACAGAGCGGGGUUGGUACGGGAGAUGUGGAAGAUAACAUUAUUGCUAUUCCACCUCCACCUGCGUAUGGUCACACACGAGGGAGCACACUUCUUCUCGCUGGUUUCAUGCGGAACAGUCUUCGAGCUGCGGUCGCACAAAAUUCUCAAGGUACCAGUCGUCCAGCUUCUCAUCUCCGAGCAUCGCACGCAUCGCAUGCAUCACGCCUUAGUCGACCGGUCAGUUAUCGCAGUCACGAUGAAGAGUGGGAAGAACGUUGCGACGCAGAACGGGCUCUGUAUCUCGCUGAAACACUGGAGAGAUUGGAGAAUACCGCACAACCUUCGACAGUUCCCGAAAGAGUUCGUCGCUCGUAAUUGCAUUCAUUAAGACAAUAUUUAUCCUUUUCUAUUGUUGCUGACACUCACGAUCCUUCUGCCUUUUUUUCCCGUGUACCCUGUAAUACCGUUGUGCCUUCAAACAUUUGCAUGUAUUAACCUUCGUUCCUUUAUUGCAAUACAAUCCACCUAUCC